AGCUGGGCCUGAGGGGAGCGGGCGGGACUUCCUCUACGAAGCCCCUCAUCUCCGUGACGUCAGGAGGAGGCGGGGCCGACUUCCGGCCGGUGCAGGAAAGGCCUUGUCAUCGUUAGAGAUAGAUAAUCGGUGCCACGAAGAAAAAACACGGAGACAAAAGAUCUCUCAGCAAGUUUCUGGAUAAAUGGCCCAACGAGAGAGUUUUGCAGGUUUUGGCAUAGCUCAACAAAAUAACUAUUACUGCUACUGGCAAAGUCUCCCCUCUGCUAUUAGAGUGAAGCAGGAGUUCCAGCCCAACCAGGGUUACCUCUAUGGCAACUGGUAUGCGCGACAGCACAGCUCAUACCUUCUUUCUGGCUACAGCUAUGGCUGUGCAGUGGAUGGAAAUGGACGGGACUGUUUUUCUGCGCAUAAGACUCCUGAACACACAGCUGGAAUUCUGGUUAUGCCUAAGGAAACCACACCUCUAGCUGAAAACCAAGAUGAAGACCCACUAGAAGAUCCACAUCUUCAUUUGAAUAUUGAAGAAUCAAACCAAGAGUUUAUGGUGAAAAGUGAAGAACUCUACGACUCCCUCAUGAAUUGCCACUGGCAGCCUCUGGACACAGUUCACUCCGAAAUUCCAGAUGAGACCCCGAAGUGAAGCGAGGUGUUCAUUAAACUCUGCAAUUAUCAUACUAAUUUUGUCUUCUUUUGUUUUGGAAAAAAGUAGUUCUCCCAGGAAGGUACUGGAUUCUGUAUAUAAAAACCAACUUCCAGGGCUUAUGUGUGAUUGACAUGAGAGAACAUUAAUGUAAAUAAACUUUGCCAGCA